AUGCGUGAGAUCGUCCACUUGCAGACCGGCCAGUGCGGCAACCAAAUUGGUGCCAAGUUCUGGGAAGUUGUCUCUGAUGAGCACGGCAUCGAGCGGGAUGGUCUCUACAAGGGUAACCUCGAUCUUCAGUUGGAGCGCAUCUCCGUGUACUACAACGAGGUCGGUGCCAACAAGUAUGUGCCUCGUGCCGUCUUGGUCGAUCUCGAGCCCGGAACAAUGGACUCGGUGCGAUCUGGUCCCCUUGGUGGCCUUUUCCGCCCCGACAACUUUGUCUUCGGUCAAAGUGGUGCUGGUAACAAUUGGGCAAAAGGACAUUACACGGAGGGAGCUGAGCUCGUCGACUCCGUUCUCGAUGUCGUGCGCAAGGAGGCCGAAGGAACAGACUGCCUUCAAGGCUUCCAGAUCACCCACUCUCUUGGUGGUGGAACUGGUGCUGGUAUGGGUACCCUUCUUAUCUCUAAAAUUCGCGAGGAAUACCCCGACAGAAUGAUGUGCACAUACUCUGUCGUGCCCAGUCCCAAGGUGUCGGAUACCGUUGUUGAGCCCUACAACGCUACCCUCUCCGUUCACCAACUUGUUGAGAACUCCGAUGAGACUUUCUGUAUUGAUAACGAGGCUCUUUACGAUAUCUGCUUCAGGACUCUUAAGCUUUCAACACCCACUUACGGUGAUCUUAACCACCUUGUCUCCAUCGUCAUGUCCGGCACUACCACUUGCUUGCGUUUCCCCGGUCAGCUCAACUCUGACCUGAGAAAAUUGGCUGUUAACAUGGUUCCCUUCCCUCGUCUGCAUUUCUUCAUGACUGGUUUCGCUCCCCUUACUGCUCGCGGCAGCCAACAGUACCGCGCCGUCACCGUUCCCGAACUUACUCAACAGAUGUUCGACGCUAAGAACAUGAUGGCUGCCACCGAUCCCCGUCACGGUCGCUACCUCACAGUUGCCGCCGUCUUCCGUGGAAAGGUCUCCAUGAAGGAAGUCGAGGAGCAGAUGCAAAAUGUGCAAAGCAAAAACUCCGCCUACUUCGUCGAGUGGAUUCCCAACAACGUCAUUACCGCACAGUGUGACAUUCCUCCUCGUGGAUUGAAGAUGUCUGUUACUUUCUUGGGCAACUCAACCGCCAUUCAGGAGCUCUUCAAACGUGUCAGCGAUCAAUUCACUGCCAUGUUCAAGCGCAAGGCCUUCUUGCAUUGGUAUACCCAGGAGGGUAUGGACGAGAUGGAAUUCACCGAGGCCGAAUCCAACAUGCAGGAUUUGGUUGCCGAGUACCAGCAGUACCAGGAUGCCACCAUUGAGGAGGAGGUUGAGUAUGAGGAGGAGCAACCCGAAGAGGAGCAGUAA